AUGUCUUCUAACAUCUAUUUGACAUAGACUUAAAUCCAUGAGUUAUUUAAGAUUUGCGAACUUAAAACAACUGAUGUUAAAAAACUAGAAAUCCCCUCUUUUGGGGAGGUUGAAUAAAGUGCAAAUUUACCUGAUUUCCAGUAGGAAGUAUAAAUAAUGCAUUAUUUAUUAGGUAUGUCAUUUCUCCUCAGAUUCCAAGAAAGAAGAUAAUUAUACUACAAACCCUACGAAUAAUACUAAUAGACAUCCAAGCUAGGACUCAAUCUUCGAAAUCAAGGAUGACACUGUUAGAAGUAUAUCGAAUGAUUAUUUAGUCCAGUAUCAAAGUUAGAAUAUGAGAAUUUGAAAAGAGAUGCUCUUUGUUAUUAAUCUCUGGUUAAACAAAAUAAAGAAUUCAAACCCAACAAACCAAUCGUCAUUUAACUAAAUCAAUAAAAAUGUAAAAAACUCAUUUCUAUUCACUAGCAUAGCACUCAUUCUUUUAAGAGAAUAAUAAAAAAAUGUAGAGACACAUUUAUGAUCUCUUAUAGAAUGUCAAGUCUAUUGAACAUGAAAAUUAAAAAUAUUAAGAUGAUAUAUUAUAACUAAGAUUAUAAAUAUAAGAUUAAUUAAAGAUCAUAUAGCAAGGUAAAAUAGACUAAGAAAGGCUUAAAAUAUCAAUUAUUCAAAAGGACGAAGCUUAUAUCAAACUAAAAACUAACUAUGAUAAAUUAGCAAAAGACUUCGAAAGGACUAAAAAUUGCAAAAGUGCUCAAAGAGGCUCUUAUUUAUCAGCUAAUCCUUCGAACUAUUCGUUAAUAGGAUUAUCAAAGAUUAAUCUUAAAAAUUACUGCAACUAGAGCUUAAUUGUUGAAAAAUAGAGUUGA